AUGGAACAAAAGUUAACUUAAACUGCCAUAAAAAAUGCUGUCUCACAGCAAUUCUUCAAUCAACUAUCAGGCUCGCAAAGAUCCUAAUAGUAACCAUAGAACUUAAAUAAAUCACAAAUGAAAGCAAGUUAAUAAGUCAAAGAAGUAGAAGAUGUCUUUAAUCUCGAAAGUGAAGAAGAUGAACUCGAUAUUAAUGAUGCAAGUUUUUCUAAAAACAUUCUAUCAAAAAUCUCAAAUAGAACUUCGAGACAUCUAAAGCCAACUUAAUACGUGCAUGGAGCUAUAGCUAUGACCUUAAAUGUAUUUACAGUGCUUUCUUCAUCACCCUUCAACUUAUUCUAAAGAAAUUUCUUCCUGGUCUAUUUCUUUGUUUCAAUAUUAGUGACAUUCAGAUAUAUAAUGAACUAUAAGUCUUAUGCAGUUUUCGAGUAUGAGGAUCUCUAUGGCUAUCUUAAGAAAAAAUCUAGCCACUAGCUUUAGAAACUUCAAGUGGAAAAGUUACAAUAGCCAUUCAGUUAUUACAACAAAGUUAUUAACUUUUUAUCAGAGAGUUUUCCAGGAGUCUUAUUUGAGUACAAGAUGCAAAAGAAAAUUAAGGAUAGCGAAGAGUACCUCAAGAAACAAAGAGAACAAUCAUAAAUAGGAAAGAAGUUAAGAAAACUCAUAAAGAGUUUGGUUAGAAUCAUCUUCAACUGGCAUCAUUUCGAUUAAACUGCAGAUGAUUUCGUCAGAGCUAAUGAUAAUAUCUACCUCAAGUACAUAAAAGCCAAGUAUUGGUAAAAUGAUGAAGUGCUCUGGACUUAUUUCAUAUUUAUGAAUUUACCAAUAGUAGUCUCUUGCUAUUUUGGAGGAUUUCAUAUUGUCUUUGUGGAUCUACUCUUGAUAUAUUGCCUAUCUAAGGUGUAUGAGUUGAAUAGGGCCUAAUUAAAUGGGGAUAAACUAUUGAAUCAAACGUUGCAGUAUAUUGAGAAGAAAUCUUAAUUUAAUGCUGAGUAAUAAAGAAUCAAGAACGGAAAGAUAGUCCAAGAUUACAUUAAACUCAAGCACAAGCAAUACGUUAGAUAAUCUUAAGAUGUAUCAAGAAUUUCUCACAAUGCUCCAGCUGAAAGAAGAUAAUCAGUAAAGUCGAAUGAAAGACCAAUAAACUUGAGAUAAAAAGGUAGUGUUCCAAGUUAAGAUAGAGAAAAUGCCAGAAAUAUGAGAUGA